AUGGGUUUCUGUGGUGAGCUUGACUUUCUUUCAACCACCUCUGGGGAAGGCGACGGCGUCGACGCAGCUCCAGAGCAUGAACCAGAGACAACAGUAGAGGAGGAUUAUAGUGAUGAAGAAAUGGAUGUUGACGAGCUUGAGAAGAGGAUGUGGAGAGAUCGAAUGCUAUUGAAGAAGCUGAAAGAACAAAAUAAGGGAAAGGAAAGAGUUGACAACGCAAGGCAGCGUCAAUCACAGGAACAAGCUCGGAGGAAGAAGAUGUCACGGGCACAAGACGGAAUCCUGAAAUAUAUGCUGAAAAUGAUGGAAGUUUGCAAAGCUCAGGGUUUCGUUUAUGGGAUUAUCCCUGAAAAAGGAAAACCAGUGAGUGGCGCUUCUGACAAUCUCCGAGCAUGGUGGAAAGAAAAAGUAAGAUUCGAUCGUAAUGGCCCAGCUGCAAUUUCCAAGUAUCAGGCAGAUCAUUCAAUCCCUGGGAAGGAUGAAGACUGGAGUGGAGUGGCAUCAACUCCUCACACCUUGCAGGAGCUCCAAGACACCACUCUUGGUUCACUUUUGUCAGCUCUUAUGCAGCACUGUGAUCCACCCCAAAGACGUUUCCCAUUGGAGAAGGGUGUUGCCCCACCUUGGUGGCCUACUGGUAAUGAGGUAUGGUGGCCUCAAUUGAGUCUGCCCAAGGAUCAGGGUCCUCCUCCAUACAAGAAGCCUCAUGAUCUGAAGAAGGCGUGGAAGGUUGGCGUUCUCACAGCUGUGAUAAAGCACAUGUCACCAGAUAUUGCCAAGAUCCGCAAGCUUGUUCGUCAGUCUAAAUGUCUGCAGGACAAAAUGACUGCUAAGGAGAGCGCCACUUGGCUAGCCAUUAUAAACCAGGAGGAAGCUUUGGCCCGGAGUUUGUAUCCUGAUAGAUGUCCUCCUCUAUUGACUGGUGGUAGUGGCUCUUUUGCAAUCAGUGGAACCAGUGAUUAUGAUGUUGAAGGGAUUGAUGAUGAACAAAAUGUUGAAAUAGAGGAUUGCAAACCUCAUGUUAAUCACUUCAACAUUGGUACUGCUGGACAAAGAGAUAGGCCGGUACCGCAGAUUAAGGGAGAGCUCAUUGAGAUCAACUCGGAUUUUGGUCAAAAGAGGAAGCAGCUGGCUGAAGAGCCACCAAUUAUGCUAAAUCCGAACAUUUACACCUGCGAAUACCCCCAAUGCCCAUAUCAUGAUUAUCGUCGGGCUUUUCUCGACAUAACUGCAAGAAACAAUCACCAGUUGAAUUGUGCAUACCGGAGUAAAUCUUUACAAGUGUUUGGAAUGUCCAGCUUUCAACUUAACAAUGAAAAACCUGCGGUCUUCUCUCUACCCCUUGGUCAACCAACACAAGCUGUUCAACAACCAGUGAGCCAGGCAGGUAGUUUUAAUGCAUCAGGAUUUGGACUGGCUGAUGAUGGACAGAAAAUGAUAUCUGAGCUUAUGUCAUUUUAUGAUAGUAAUAUUCACCCGAACAAGAACUCCAAUCCUGGAAACCUCAAUGUUGUAGAAGGCCACAACCAGCAGCAGGCAGAAUUUCGUUUUGCAAUGAAUGAUAAUUUCUUUGGUCAAGGGGUGGAUAUGGGACGAAACAUGUCUGAACCGAACCCCAUGCCUGUGGAUAUGGGAUGCAACAUGUCUGAAACAACCCCCAUGCCUAUGCAUCGUCAAGCUUUCCCAUCCGCAGAAGUUCAGUUUGAUCAGUGCACAAUAUUUGAUUCUCCAUUUGGUGACAAUCCCAAUGAUACUGUUGACCUAAGAUUUGACUCCCCGCUUCACUUGGCACCAGCUGACUAUAAUGUUCUGGACCCACCAAAGCAAGAUGCAUCCUUUUGGUUCCCAUAA